UAGUGUAUAUGAUUUCUAUUCUCGGUUAUAAAUGUUCAAACUAAGUAUUAAUCAUAGCCAUGGAGUUAAUUUGGAGAUAAUGUUAAACUUUGGACACUGGUUCUUUCUAGGCUGGGAGAUCUGAGGUAGAUGCAUGCAGGCUAAGAGAAACUAAUUGACUUCCAUGCGUGGCUAAUCACUCUACACUUAAAUGGAAGGUUACUUCCGAAAUCCUGCGCCACGACGUCAAAGAUCAGCUCAUAACACGCUAGUUCGUGACAUAAACGCUUAUAAGCGUUUUAUUCGCCUGACACGGGCCUGUAAAAGGGACAGUUUCCGUGCUGCCGCUGUGGGCUUGCGCCGGAUCGCCACGGCACUUCCGCUCGGCGCGAGGGCGAUUACAAACACGCGCGUCCAGGCGACGGAAGAGGCUCGCGCAGACACAAAGAAAGGUCGCGAGGAUGUCGGACGAGGAUUCACGUGCCGGCUCUAGUUCGUCCUCCUCUUCAUCUUCAUCGUCGUCCUCGUCGUCCUCCGUCCGUCAGCAGUCGGAGAAAGACACACCUAGCAAGAAACGAGAGACUAAAGCCAGCGUGAACAAAAACUCCAAGCUCCUAUCAACCAGCGCCAAAAGGAUUCAGAAAGAGCUAGCCGAUAUCAUGUUGGAUCCGCCACCAAACUGCAGUGCCGGCCCAAAAGGUGACAACAUCUACGAGUGGAGGUCCACCAUCCUCGGUCCUCCAGGCUCUGUGUAUGAAGGAGGAGUCUUCUUCCUCGACAUCGCCUUCACUCCAGACUACCCCUUCAAGCCGCCCAAGGUGACAUUUCGUACCAGAAUCUACCACUGCAACAUUAACAGUCAGGGAGUGAUCUGCCUGGACAUUCUGAAGGACAACUGGAGCCCAGCGCUAACCAUCUCCAAGGUCCUGCUGUCCAUCUGCUCUCUCCUCACAGACUGCAACCCCGCCGACCCUCUGGUGGGAAGCAUCGCCACUCAGUACACAAACAACAGACCGGAGCACGACAGGAUAGCCAAACAGUGGACCAAGCGCUACGCCACAUAAUCCCCCACCGCGAGGGAAGAGUGCUACUGAUGGAGGGAUGGCUCGGGGGAGAAGGAUGUUUAAUGGGGAGGGGAGGGUAAGCGGGUGGUGUAGGGUGGGUGAGGGGGUGCUGAAUGGGUUCGGCUGUAGGAUAGAGUGUACAAGGAGUGUUUUAUGGUGGAAUUAAAGUCUUAUUUCCUGAUAUUGUCAUUUAAUGUGACCCCCCCCCCCCCUUUGGCCCAUGUAGAAUCUACUUUGGCAAUAAUGGAUCUUAACGCGUCUUCCUUUAUUUUGUUUUCGUUUCAUUUCCGCUCUUGUAAAUUGAUUUUAGUUUAGGGCUUCAAAAGGGGGCCAUCAUUAUCAAUCCUUAUUGCGUGUAAAAAAAAAAAUAAAUAAAAAAAUAAAAAAUUUGACAUCUGGUACAAUGUCUGACUGUACAAUGAAUUUCUCUCCUUCUGCUUAUUAAAGUUCCAUUCAACGUA